UGUUUCUGAAAAAGGAAUGAGACGUGGCUAUUUGGAAAUGCUUUGUUCCUUAGCAACUGGUCCUUAUUGUAGUGGUUAUGCCGACGAAUUUCUUUCACGUAGUUCCGAGCAAAGUAAAGGUUGGUGUUCAUGGCGUACUUUAGUUAGUACUAUCGAUAUUUAUACACGCGACGAGAAUGAUGAAAGACAAAUAGUAAAAGAUGAGUGGAAGCCUAAUAAGUUUCAAGCAUUGCGAGAACAAAUUGAAAGUGUCUCGUGCUCCGCGUCAGAAUCUGGUUUAAAAGAUUUAGAUAAAAGUUUACAAGAAAACAAGGCAUGGUUCGUCAAUUUACUCGAUAUCCCACCUCAAGAUCUUACUCAUAAACAACGAUUAGAACAGCAAUAUCAAAAAGAUCACAAGCUCUCACGAUCUUUUGUUAUUGAGGCACUUUCAAUAUCGGAUUUUUUAAAGACAGAUGAAUUUUUUGCAGCAACUCUUCUCCACCAUGGGACAAAACAACGUGCCAAAUUUAAUCGGCCAUCGGCCGAAACUGCAAUUUUACUAUUUCUUAAAGAACGUGGUGAUCUGUUGGCAUGUUUAUCAACACUCAUAGGAAGUGCUUAUAAUCCUGAUACAAAGUUACAUGUGAGAAAGUCAUUCGCUGACUAUAUCAAUAGUUUGUUUAAUGCUUUAUCGCCUAAAGAUGGUUCAUUUGCACGCAAAAUCAUGACAACAAUUCAGAAAUUAAAAACAGAGAUAACAGAGCUUGAUGGCCGUUUAAAACUAUUGCAUAGACAGCCUCAAACUCUGAUUAGUGCAGAGCAAAAUCUACGUCGGGAGAUAUCGAAUUAUGUGAUAUGUUGUGUGAUUUAUAUGAAUUCUACGGCGUUAUGUGAAACACAUAAAAUCACU